GAUGCACUGUGGGAUUGCAGUAUAUUGACAUAGCAACCAGGCGACAGAGCCGUUAAUCUUUUCAGUUCCGAGUAGUUUUUGCUUUAUCUCCUCAAUUAGCAAUACUUAGCUUUACCUUCGGCUGCUGCCAUGAAUGCGGCGGUGGUGAAGAAGACCCAGGAAACGCUGGGCAAAGUGAUAAAGAAACCGCCUCUCACGGAGAAACUGCUAAGCAAGCCGCCGUUUCGAUACCUGCACGACAUCUUUAGUGAGGUCAUCAGGACCACUGGUUUUAUGAAAGGCUUGUAUGAAGAAAAUGAAAUGAAGUCAGACAGUGUAAAGGAUAAGGAGUCUAAAAUAGUCUUCCUCCAGAAAGCAAUAGAUGUGGUGAUGCUGGUGAGUGGCGAGCCCCUGGCAGCAAAGCCAGCGCGCAUCGUCGCCGGCCACGAGCCUGAGAAAACCAAUGAGCUGCUGCAGGCCAUCGCCAAGUGCUGCCUCAACAAGAUGUCCAGUGAGGAUGCAGUUAAGCGAGUGGUCACAGGAGAAAAGGUGGACAUAAAGACCAAAGCCAGCACCUCCAGGUCCCAGGGCAAGGAGAAUAGGGAGGGACGUGAACGUCAUCCAGACAGAGAGGAAAAGAAAAAGAUUACAGAACGCAGUGGCAGUCGGGACCAGAAGGACCCGGACCAGCCCAAAGAGCAGGAGGGUCGACGCAGAGAUGGAGAGAAAGAACACCAUCGUGACAGGGAGCGCUCCGACAAGCACCACCGCGGUGAACAGGACCACCACGCCAAAGACAAAGACAAGAGUCGAGACCGGGAGCGAGACAAAGGACGAGUCAGGGACAAGGACAAGGAGAAGGACAGAGAGAGGGAUCGAGAAAGGGAAAAAGACAAGGAGAGAGACAAAGACAGAGAAAGGACAAGAGAGAGAGAUCCUCACAGAGACAGAGAAAGAGACAAGGAAAAACGAAGAGAUAGAGACAAAGAGAGACACAAAGACACGGAUGAAAGAAACAGAAGUGGAGAGAGUGGACAGAGCAAGGCGAGAGUAUCAGAGGAGCCACAGCAGAAACCCAGCCCUGAAGAGCCUAGCAAAACAGCCAAAACUGUGCCAGCGCCCACAGAAGCAGUUGAGAACCAGUCUGACAGUCCAGCUAGAAUACCUCGGCCUUCCUCCGCCAAAGGACAGAGGCGGAGACCCAAAAUUGGAGGUCAAGAUGAAUCUGACAGUGAGGGAGAUGGAGAUGCUCAGUUAGCCCAGAGACCUGUCCCCCAGGAAAAUGGAGACACUGGAGGAUCCUCAGUGCCAUCUGACAUGACCUCCAGCAGCAGACGAAUAGCACGGCCAAGCAGCGCUCGACCAGCACCUCCUCGAGUCAAGAGACAAGAAAGCUACAGUGAUGUGACCCCAGCUGAGAGGCUGUCUAGUGCCAAGCCCUCAGCACCUGUCAUCUUGGACGGGAAGAGGCUGUCUGAGGAUGAGGAGGACGAAGAUGAGCAAUUUCUUGUGGAGGAAACAGUCCCUCCACCUGCAGAUGCUCCUGAAAUAGAGGUGCAACCUACACAAGAAGUAGACAGUGAAGAGAAACACGGUGGUCUUGUGAAAAAGAUCCUUGAGACAAAGAAAGACUACGAGUUGUCGCCAUCUUCCCCCAAAUCUAAAGAACAGAACUUGGUGUCCGAAGCGGCUCGGAAGAAGGAGCGGGACAUGGUGACGAGGGAGAUUGAGCGGCUGCGCUCGUCCAUUCAGAUGGUGUGCCGCAGUUCCCUGCCUUUGGGUAAGAUCAUGGACUACAUCCAGGAGGACAUGGAUGCCAUGCAGGCCGAGCUGCACACCUGGCGGAAAGAGAACAAGGAGCACGCACAGGCCCUGCUGCAGGAGCAGAGAGCGACAGACCAUGCAGUGGAACCUCUCAAAGCAGAACUGGCUGAGCUGGAGCAGCUGAUCAAUGACCAGCACGACAAGAUUUGUGCUGUAAGGUCCAACAUACUGAAGAAUGAAGAGAAGAUCCAGAAGAUGGUGACUGGAAUCAACUUCUCAUCCAGCACCUGAAUGACAAACAAGGUCUACAAAGAAAAUCCAAUAAAAAUGCACUGAACAUUUAGGCAUUCGCAGUUUCUCGUACAGAAUGUUGUCAAGGCCUGUUGUCGUGGAGAUGAUGUGAGACGGGACCAAACACUGCACUUUUCGGUUUUCCUGUCAGAACAGGGGAUGGACCCAUAUGUAUUCCUGCACAUCAAGGGGGUGGGAGUAAGAUAUUGGUGAAUCAAACAACCACUCAAUGGUCAAGAGGUCACUCAUCACAAAUAACUGGGUGAUGGCUUUGAAGUAGUGGAUGGUGGUGUUGGAGAUGUGUCAGCUGAUGAGGCUGACGGAUGAAUACAUACAAAUCAUCUUCCUGCUCUGCACGCUGACCUCGUCGGCCCUUGUUCUGUAAUGUGCCUUUCAGUACGAGCCAGUGCCCAGCUCAUGAUUUGGAAGUUGGAGUAGAUAGUUAUGAAUGCUUGGUUAAGCUGCACAUCCAGUCACCAUUAGACCACAUUCAAAAUGUGUUUCAGGUUUUAGGUUGUGGCGGCAGUUUUUUCUUGUUGUGAGGACUUGUAACAUACUGAGUCAUUAGCGGGCUUGCUUUCUGAUUCUGCUCGUUUUCCAUGAUGCUAAUUGCACCUGCUAUAGUGCUAUUGGACUAAAUACACAACAAUAAUUACACAACCUCAUGGCACGUUCAGCUGAUUGAAAGCAGGCGAAAAUACAUUUUCCCUCUUGCUUGGAGAACACCAGGAUUCCUGUGGAGGGUCCUGGUGGCCUAAUUGACUGAAAUGUAUGUUACAUAACUGUGAUAUCUUGGUUUAAAUUAGUCUUUAGAUUUUUUGUUCACAUGCUGAGCUUUCUUUCUUCGCAGUUCGUCUUUGUUACCUUAUUCACUCUUCCACUUUUGAAGCACUGCUGCACUUUGACAUAAAUAUGAUUAGAGGAUGUAACUUUGGAUUUUUUUUUUUUAUUUUAGAAAAAGCUUUUUGGCAAGUAAUCCGUGUUAGGAUUCUUUCUUCUCUCUCCUACGCCUAGCUUAUAAAAACUAUAAUAGACACACUACUUUUAUGUACUUUCAGGGAAACCAGUAAAGCAUAUGUCCAUUCUCCUCGCCGUGAGCAUGCAGGAAAGCCACCAUCUCGGUUAUCUGUUUGUGCUGUAGGAUUUGCCAAACGGUUCCUGUUUUGAGACGGAGACUACGUUUGGUUGGAUGUAACUUUUUGAGAACUGUCUUUAUAAACGAAAACAAUACAAGACAAUAUUUUAUUAGCUCAUUUUGAAACCUAAAAGAAAUAUACUUCACACAUGUAGCUAACACUAAAAAUAUGAAGCAAUACUAGACUGACAAUUGUCGUAAGAGAUUGGAUCGUAGAGAUGUGAGACUGAAAGUAGCCGCUGACCCAUUUCUCCUCAACAUUCCAGUUAUGGAAACAUGUGAUUGUAUUCUGGGGGUAGAUGAAAUACAAAUGUUUCCUGACAUAGUGGCCUAUCUCAUCCUGAAUGAAAAUGCAGUUACCACAUUUAAAAAAUGUAAUUUUACACUCUCAUUAAUACACAUGCAGUUGCUACGUUUGCCUCCCAGAAGAUCUGGACUCACAGUGUUUACAGAAAACUAUUUUUUUUAAAUGACGCUUGCUGUGAACUCGUGGUUGGACUGACGGUGAUCCCAUAACGACCACUGAAUGCAGUAGUAACAAAACAAGUUCCAUGAGUUCAUGUGUGAAUGUGGUGACCACACAUGCUUCACCGUGACUCUUCUAUCUUUUCUACCAUAGAUUAUAUUUCCAAAAAUGUUUUUCUUCCCAGACUGGGGUUUCCACUCCCACCGCCUUGUCAGACCAUUGGGUUGCUAAAAGUAUCGUGACACAACAUCUGUGCUGAGAGCAUGAAUAUGUUCUCUGAUGCUGCCCAUGUUGUCGCCUGGUCUAACUGAAGAACAGAUUUGUAAAUGGACAGGGGAAGACAUUUCUAGCUUCUGACAGACAAAUUUUGAGAUUAGAUGUGUUCAUGGGCAAUAAUGGUUAUUAGAAAAACUAUAUUUUCACUCAUGUCUUUAAGGGAUGCAGAGCUAUUUCCUAUAAGGAUUCAGUAGUCAUCAUGUGCUAUCAUUUUUGUUUAAUUUUACUCCAUUUUCAUAUCAGUAUUAUGUGGAGUCAAACAAACUUAAAUUGAAAAAUGUCAUUUCAAAACUGGAAAAGCGGGAACCUGCAUGCUCACAUGCUAAAAAAGGACCAUUUAAACUGUACAUUAUCUGUAUCACGCCCUCACGUUUUCUUUAAACUGUACAUUAUGUAUAUGUGGAGACUGUAUCAUAGUUCAAAUAAUUCUAUAAUUUUGUAGUGGAGUGAAAUAAAUGGUUACGUUUCAAUAAA